UUGACACAUAGGACGUAUUCACGGUGCUUGUUUGCAUCAAUUAUCUUUCUGCAAGCGUGGGAUCUCGUGUACGUUAAAUGGCGGGGAGAGCCUUUCUAUGAAAGAUACGCACUGUGCGUUUCGAUGACCCAUAUCUUAACCCUUCCUUGUGCCUCACCAUGCCAUCUGCGCUCGCAUCCUUCAGCUCAAUGAAUGAGAAGCACCCGGAAAUCCAGAAACUGAUGAAACCGUAUCCCUGGUUCAAGUGGCAGAUAGUUGCCAUGGUUACGACGCAGCUCUUCAUGUUCUACAUGCUGCAAGAUGCUUCCUGGUUCACACUCACCAUGUGGGCCUACUUUUUUGGAGGCGUCAUCAACCACGCCCUCAUGUUGGGCAUACACGAGAUCGCGCACAAUCACGCCUUUGGACCCGGAAGGCCCCUUCCGAACCGCCUCUUUGGGAUGUUCACCAACCUCCCCAUAGGAAUUCCCGCGUCCAUAUCGUUUCGGAAGUACCAUCUUGAGCAUCAUCGCUACCAGGGAAUUGACUCCAUAGAUGCGGACCUUCCGACAGAACUGGAAGCCAAACUGUUCUGUCACACAUUUACGAAACUCAUCUGGAUCAUUCUUCAACCUCUGUUCUAUGCACUUCGCCCCGUUUUUGUGUUCCCAAAGCCCGUCACCAAGCUGGAGCUCAUCAACUUGGUGACCCAGAUCACGUUCGAUGUCCUAGUGUACCACUUUUUUGGUGCGAAGAUCGUUUACUACAUGAUUGGAGGAUCCCUGCUAGCCAUGGGGCUCCACCCGGUGGCGGGUCACUUUGUGUCCGAGCACUACAUGUUCAAGAAGGGCUUUGAAACUUACUCCUACUACGGAAUUCUCAACUGCCUCACAUUCAAUGUGGGAUACCACAUGGAGCACCACGACUUCCCCGGUGUGCCCGGAGCAAAGCUUCCGAUGGUGAAGAAGAUAGCCGGUGAGUUCUACGACGACCUCCCACAUCACGACUCCUGGGUGAAGGUACUCUACGACUUCAUCAUGGACCCAGAAAUCGGACCGUACGCCCGCAUCAAACGGAAAGGUGCCAUAGAUCCCACGCUUCUCGGGGGCCAAAAGGCGGAAGCAGACGUGAGCGGAAGGAUAACCGAAAGUGGCCAGGGCGAUGCUCAAAAGCAGGACUGAAGCGGUGGUACUAGAUUUUUGUCUGGGCUCCUGCGAGGGAUGCUCCGUGUAUUUAACGACUCGUGAUACUUUCUGGUGCCCGCAGGUACCUGCAGAAUGCAAUCGAAUAGGCAUUACACUUUCUUUUCUUUUUUAAAUCUGGCAACCAAGGUGACGUUUGUGGUUUUGACGUUUGUGGCUUUUGCAUUUAUAACUGGCAGGAAAACACACAGGAAGUGUUCACUUUAUUGAUUUUGGAGGGUGGGCUGUUGUAAAUGCAUACCUGCCAACUCUCAUAUCGCAUAAGCAUAUCGCGUUGCGGCGUCGGGAGUUGGAAACACGGAGGAGGAUUGCGCUUUGAACAAAGUCGACUGCAGUUGUCGGUGAAAUGGGAAACCGCCCACAACAGCUGGUGAUAUGUGCACUGAACCGACCACAGCGAUGUACAACCGUGACUGACUGUUCUGACUUAUUAUGCAAACUACUUUUUUUAGUGGCUCAUUAACUAACUUGUUCAACAACUAUUAUUAUGUUUUAAGCUCUCCCGGGAAGUCUAGAUGGGCUUUUGAAUUUUGGGCACGUUACUGAGGUAGUGCUGAUCGAGUAGCGUUGAAUGUUGAGGGCAGUUCGACAUCGUUUUGUCUUCGCGUUCUUUUGAGAAAGUGUCAUAGCCUUGUCACAGCUUGACACCCAGAUAGGUUCUUGGAGAGGGCAAAACGUGUGCCCGAUGCACCUGCUGGGGUCAAGUGUGCUCGUGUUACAUAUGCGAAUAAAAGCCCCCCAACAUCGGCUUCCUCCUCCCCAACUUUUGAAGUCUCCCUAAUUUAGACGUUCCCUAGUUGGCAGGUAUGUAAAUGGGUUGUGGGGUGUAGUGGGUAGAGAAAAGUUUUACAGUAUGUCAAAUGUGUCUUUAACUGAAAUUUGUUCCUGUCUUCAAUCCCCUUUUAUUUACAGGUAUUAUUGUUUUUAACCAAAACGAGCCCGUUUACACACAAAUGUAGGGAUAUAAUCUCCUGUCUCUUAUGAAAGGAUGCAAGCAUUACUACCCCAUAGGGGGAGUCCUCUUGAAAUGAAGUUGCAUUUUUCACGUUUAUUGUGAGUAGCUGAAAUGGUUCACUUAUAUUCACACAUGUACAAAUUUCUGUGUUUGUGCAUAGUACCAGAGAUGCAGACAAAAUGCGUGAAAAUGCUUAUAGUAAUCUUUUAUGACCUUUUUUACAGACUAAUUGGAUUAAGAAUAUUGAUUUUUUCAUUGAAAUCUCCAACAUAUUUGGAGUGGUUUCAAGUAAACUUCAAAUCUAGCUGGAAGGGGCAAAAAAGUGAAGGGUACUCGAUUAAGAAAAAAAACUAACGUGGAAUCAGUACAUAACUUUAAAAAAAAAAUCAUGAAUGCAAAUGUUGCUCAAGAACUUUGGUAUCCAAAGGAAAGUUGUAGCAUUUUCAUGACAUCUGUUGUAAGAUUCAGAGUCGAAGGGUAAAUCCGCAUAUGAAUAUUAAUGUUGAAGAAUGUUGCAGAAGAUUUUGUGCACUUGAUACAUACCGACCACUACACUGAAAACGUUUCAGUAUGCAUAGUCUCUGUAGGACCUGCAAAAUCUUCAUAGUCUAUAGUUGUGGUCAUUUUAAUUGGCUGAGUUCUUUAUCUUUAGUCUAAGAUAACUGAGGAACACCCCCUGGCUCACAAAAUGUUUGUGAAGAAGGGAAGUUGUGCGGAAGAAAUUUACAAUGCUCAAAAAGUUCAUGUGAUGACGGUCUACGCCACUGUGCUUCAGUACCACAUAAAAAAUUCUGUUUGUUUGUAAAUUUUGCCCUGUAUAUAGAAAAGACCGCUGUAUAAAAUCUGCACAAAACCUGGAUAUUGUGUUCCACUUGAAGAUCAUCUUACGUUCAUUAUGCUGUAUCUUUACUUAUCAUAAACUGGAAUUUCCUGCAUCAGAUUACAUGUUAAUCCACCUUCAGAAGGUGUUAGUACUUAAGUACCCAAUCACAGGUAACCCUUCAAUGUGCACUGCACUUGACUUUUUGUGGUGUAGAUCAUUGCAUUGUUCUUCUUCUUUUUUUUUUUUCUUGAAAGAAAGUGCUGUGUUUUGGAGUUGUAAAUUAUGGAGGCCACGCUGCACAUUGUAAAUUUAUGCGUUUGCCUGAUGAACUGCAUGUGUUAACAUAGGAAAUAUUCUCAGAAUGCUUUUAGUCUUUAUUUAGAGCCAGUUCUACUCUGCUCUGUACAUAAUUUUACGCUUCAUAUAUUUGAAGAAAAGUAUUUUUCUUUACAAAUUCAGAUUCAGUUGGGCAAACUAAUAACUGCCAGAUGAUGGGGACAUCAAAUCAGCUCCUGUUAGAAAUGACAGCAGCAUUUCACAUUGGUGCACAUUAUUUCUAUGAAAUCCUUGUAGUUUGAACUAUUUGCAUCAAAAGACGUAUUUUGGGAUAUAUAUAUUUUUAGCGAACUAUUCCAAAACAAGUUGAUAGUCAAGCCACAUGAUUCAAGUUCCCUGUUAAUCAACCAGGCUUAAAUUUCGAAUAUAAUUGUGCAUGCUGAGGUUUUUGACGUUCUACAUUAUGUCCAAUCCAGAUGACAUGUGUAAAUACUAUUACAUGAUUAUUAGAGCCUGAAGUUUUUCGGGAAAUAUUUUUUUCUAAAUUUGGAGGGUAAAAAUCGGGUAAAUAAACGUGUGCUCUAAAUUCAAGUGAAUUCGGGUGGAAAAACUUCCAGUAUGCUAAAUUCGGGGAGAAAUCUGGCUCAGUUACUCAAACUAACUGUACUGGAUUGGUACAAACUGUGAUGUAACCGCAUUUGCUGCCAAACAAGCUAAGUGUGCAUUCCUACGGACUUCUCAGUCAGGGCAAUUUGCCGGGUAAAUAUCGGGUUUCACCCCAAAGAGGCAAUCUUCAAUUCGGGGAAGAAUCGGGUUAAACCCUAAAACUUCGGGCUCUAAUAAUUACAUGUACCACACAAGAAACAAAAAUGCUGUGCUUGUAAUUGCACUAACAUUAAACAGAUGCCUUUCAAUUA